ACUGUGCGUGAUGAGCACAAGUAUUUUCAGCAAUACGUGUGAGUUAGAGAACACGUUAUUUAAUGUAAACACAAAUAUGCAAAAACAAACGGAACCAGAAGUCAAAUCAGCUCAAGAGGAUCCACAUAUAUACCACAUUAUGGCCUGGGCAUGAAACUGCCCUUAAAUGAACUGAAUGGAUAUGGUUUUAAUACAGUAUGUGUUUGUAAAGCAAUGUUAAGGUUCAGCACAGACGCAUUGACGUCACUGACAUCGAGAAAGAGGAGAAACUCCGCAGCAGGAGAAAUAAACACCGGACUCUCUCCAUCCAACGUGUUAUACCAAACCAGAGAGCUCCUUGCCAUCUCCUGUAUUAAACGUUCUCUCUGAAGCAGUGCUAAGAUGGCCACAUCCUCCCCCAAUCUUGAAGAAGAUGAGAGUUUGAGGGGCUGUGAAGUUUUUGUGCAGAAACAUAACAUCCAACAGAUUCUCAAAGAGUGCAUUGUCAAUUUAUGCAUCGCCAAACCCGAGCGUCCUAUGAGGUUCCUACGGGAACACUUUGAAAAGCUGGAGAAGGAGGAAAGCAAGCAAAUCUUAGCGCGACAGAAGUCUAACUCUCAAUCCGAUUCACAUGAUGAUGAAGUUUCUCCUCCUCCAAUAAAUCCUGUGGUGAAGGCCCGCCGCAGGAGAGGGGGAGUCAGUGCAGAGGUGUACACAGAGGAGGAUGCAGUGAGCUAUGUUAGGAAGGUUAUCCCAAAGGACUACAAGACAAUGACAGCGUUGGCUAAGGCCAUUUCUAAAAAUGUGCUGUUUGUCCAUUUGGAUGACAAUGAGCGGAGUGACAUAUUUGAUGCCAUGUUCCCUGUUACACACAUUGCUGGAGAAACAGUCAUUCAACAAGGUGAUGAAGGGGACAACUUUUACGUAAUUGACCAAGGAGAAGUUGAUGUAUAUGUGAAUGGUGAAUGGGUGACCAGUAUUGGAGAAGGUGGCAGUUUUGGGGAGCUAGCUCUGAUAUAUGGAACUCCACGUGCUGCCACUGUUAAGGCUAAGACUGAUCUCAAGCUUUGGGGUAUAGACCGUGACAGCUACCGGCGUAUUCUUAUGGGCAGUACACUGAGAAAGAGGAAGAUGUAUGAAGAGUUCUUGAGUAAGGUGUCAAUCCUUGAAUCUCUAGAGAAGUGGGAAAGACUGACAGUGGCUGAUGCUUUGGAGCCUGUACAGUUUGAAGAUGGUGAAAAAAUUGUGGUACAAGGAGAACCAGGGGAUGACUUCUUCAUCAUCACAGAGGGGACAGCGUCUGUCCUGCAGCGCAGAUCUGACAAUGAGGAGUAUGUAGAGGUGGGCCGCCUUGGACCCUCUGACUACUUUGGGGAGAUAGCACUGCUCUUGAACAGGCCACGUGCAGCCACUGUGGUGGCCAGAGGUCCAUUGAAGUGUGUAAAGCUGGAUAGGCCACGCUUUGAGCGUGUUUUAGGGCCCUGCUCUGAAAUUUUGAAGAGAAACAUCCAGAGAUACAACAGCUUCAUCUCCCUCACUGUCUGAGCCACAGUACACAAGGCCGCCAGGCUUUCUUUCUUUGUGCAUUUAUUAUUUCACUUCUACUCAUGCCAUGAGGACCUAUUAAUUAUGAGCCAUGAAGAGGUGGAUCAGUAUGUAGGUGUACAUUUUACAUUUUGCUGCAUGCAAUUUCAGUGAAGAGAGCAAUUUUAAGAGCAAACUCCACAUGAUGUGUAAAUGAAUUGGUCUGUGUGUGUUUGUCUGAAUCCUGAGUUAUUCAGUAGUAAUAUUCUCUUAAGAAAAUCCCCAACAUUUAUGGGAGCUAAGUAUAAAUCUCAUAACCAUUCCCUUCAUUUUACAAGUAAGAUAUGCUUUUUUCUUGUUUGUUCUUUGUUGUACAAUAGCAUUAAUUUGAUGAGACAUUUUAAAAUCAAUAAAGACUCACCUCUGAAUAU